AUGGCUGAUAAUUGGGAAUUGAUGUACUGGCCUCUAGCUGGGAGAGGUGAAUUCAUCCGUGUAAUAUUUGUAGAGGCCGGGAUUGAAUUUAAGGACACCGAUGAUUCGAAAGUAAUCACUGAAAAGGUGAAAGAAGGGAAGAUGGAAGGAUUUCCCGUCAAGUUUCCGCCUGUUCUUUGCAACGGAGAUUUUCAUCUUUCCCAAACCCCAACUAUAUGUAAAUAUCUGGGGAAAAAGUUUGGGCUUUAUCCUGACAACGAAGAUGACGAAUGGCAUGCUGAUCAACUCAACGCAACAAUCCACGACUACAUAGCAGAAGGAAGAUUGAGUUUCCAUGGUGUCAACCAUAUAAUGACCUACUUUAAUCAGAUAGAAGAAACAAAACCGUACAUAGAACGGUUUGUCACAGAACGAAUGCCAAUGUGGCUCAAAUAUUUCGAGAAAGUGCUACUGGCAAACAACGGCGGGACGGGGUUCAUGUUUGGAAACAAGUUGACGUAUGUGGAUCUGGGUUUAAUGCACGUUUUGAGGGCUACAGAGUCGCAGUUUCCGGACGCUUGGAACGAUGCUGACUACAUACCGACCCUGAAAAGUUUCAAGGAUAGAAUGUGUUCUCGGCCACGAUUGGCAGCUUAUUUUAAAUCAGACAAAUGUCGGCCAUUCGAAGGCAAUAGUAUGAUGUAA